AUGAGUAUUUAUAUGCGAGAGGAUUUAACACGUAAUGAAAAAAUUCAACAAGCACGACGAAUUCUUAAUGAAAAUAAAUAUUCACUUGAUGCAUGGGCGAUAUUAAUUCAAGAUGCUCAAGAUAAAAAAAUAGCUGAAUCAAGAGAAUUUUACGAAUCAUUGGUUACACAAUUUCCAACAUGCGGUAAAUUUUGGAAGAUUUAUGUUGAAUCUGAAAUAAAAGGACGAAAUUAUGAAAAGGUUGAAAAGCUUUUUCAACGAUGUUUAAUUAAAGUAUUGAAUAUUGAUUUAUGGAAAUGUUAUUUAAAUUAUGUUCGUGAUACCAAAGGAAUAUUACCGUCGUUCAGAGAAAAAAUGGCUCAAGCAUACGAUUUUGCAUUGGAAAAAAUUGGAAUGGAUGUUUAUGCAUAUACUAUUUGGAAUGAUUAUGUUACUUUUCUUAAAUCUGUAGAGGCCGUUGGUUCAUAUGCUGAAAAUCAAAAAAUUGCUGCCGUACGAAAAGUCUAUCAUAAAGGUAUUAUGAUACCGAUGAUUAGUGUAGAAUUAUUAUGGAAAGAUUAUUGUUCAUAUGAAAUGGGUAUAAAUCCCGCAUUAGGUAAAAAUAUGAUUGAAAGUCGUUCACGAGAUUUUCUUAAUGUUAAACGAGUUACAAAAGAAUUAGAAACAUUGACACGUGCAAUCGAUCGAAAUAAUCCAUGUAUGCCACCAACAUCACCACAAUCAACUGAUGAAAUUAAACAAUUAGCAGCAUGGAGAAAAUUUAUUGCAUGGGAACGUUCAAAUCCAUUGAAAACUGAAGAUAUUUUACUUGUUGCACGUCGAGUUGUUCUUGCUUAUGAACAAUGUCUUCUUUGUCUUGGAUAUCAUGCUGAUCUUUGGUAUGAAGCUUGUGCUUAUUUGGAACAAACAUCUCGUACAUAUUCCGAACGAGGUGAUGCACAUUUAACAAAACGUUUUCUUGAUGAAGCAUCUACAUUAUAUGAACGUGCAAUUCAAACAUAUAUGCGUUCAAAUAUGCUUAUUCAUUUUGCUUAUGCUGAUUUUGAAGAACAUCGUUUAAAUAUAGAUAAAGCUCGUGCAAUUUAUAAUCGUUUACUUGAUGUAAAUGAAGCUAAUUUAAAAGAUCCAACAUUAGCUUAUAUACAAGCAAUGCGUUUUGAACGACGUACUGAUGGAAUAAAAUCUGCACGAACUAUAUUUAAACGUGCACGUGAAGAUUCACGUAUAAAUCAUCAAAUAUAUGUUGCAGCUGCAUUAAUGGAAUAUUAUUGUACAAAAGAUAAUAAUAUUGCAUUUAAUAUAUUUAAUCUUGGUUUAAAAAAAUAUAGUCAAAAUGUUGAUUAUAUAUUAGCUUAUAUUGAUUAUAUGACACAUUUAAAUGAAGAUCAUAAUGCACGUGUACUAUUUGAACGUGUUUUAUCAUUAGAUAAUCCAAUAUCAAAACAAUCACAAUUACCUAUAUGGAAUGAAUUUCUUAAAUUUGAAUCACAAGUUGGAGAUUUACAAUCAAUAAAAAAAGUUGAAAAACGUCGUUUAGCUAUUUAUUCUGAUUUAAAUGAAUUAGAAUAUCGAGAAACAUUAUUACUUAUUGAUAGAUAUAAAUUUCUUAAUUUAUUACCAUGUUCAAAUGAUGAACUUAAAUUAUUAGGUUAUAAUGAUACAUUUUCAAGAACUUCAUCAUCAUUAUUAGCUACUAGUCCUAUUAUAAAUGGUACAGCUAUAUUAGAACAAGCUGCACGUGAUAGACGUGCACUUUUACCUCGACCAGAUAUAAAACAUUUAAUGCCAUUUCGUCCAACAAGAAAUCCAUUACCAGGUAGUCAUCCAACACCUGGUGGAAUUUUUCCAUUACCAGAUACAGCACUUUAUCUUGUUAAAGUUCUUCCCCCACCAAGAAAUUUUGAAGGUCCAUUUGUUAUUAUCGAUGAAUUAAUGGAUCGUGUUGCUCGUAUUGUUAUACCAGAUAACUUUGAACCCGUACGUGUAAGUGUUCAAGGUGAAGUAAUUCGUGAUCUUGACACAAAUAAUGGCCCAUCGAGUCGAAAAACUGAACAUGCUGAUAGUGAUGAGGAAGAUCAAUCAUUACAAUCAAAUUUGAAUGGACGUGGAGUAAUGAAUUUAUAUCAACAACGACAACAAAAACGUGUCAAACUGACAGCAACAGCAAUUAAUGCUGAUCAACCAUAA